CCCUAGUUUCCCUCACUUCCUAUAUUCUUAAUUCCACUCCUCUAAAAAGAACCAAAAGUUUGAUCUUUAACAAGAACAACCACCACCAUCACCACCACCACCACCAAUGGCUACCACUUCAUCCACCAUGUCCAUGCUUGAUGCCAGAUUCUUGAUUUCUGCUUCUGCUAAAGUCUUUAAGCCAAUCCCCACCAAACCCAUCUCCCUACUCUCCAUCCAAAACCUCCCAAAAGGCCUCACCACCACAAAUCCACCACCACAAACCGCCGCCAUCCCCCUCCAGACCGCCAUUGCCGGAGCCAUAUUCUCCACCUUGAGCACAUGUGAUGCUGCUUUUGCAGCACAGCAAAUUGCUGACAUCGCUGAAGGAGAUAACCGUGGGAUUGCUCUCCUUCUCCCUCUUGUUCCAGCCAUUGCUUGGGUUCUUUACAAUAUCUUUCAGCCUGCAGUUAACCAGAUUAAUAGGAUGAGGACCAAAGGAGUGGUGGUUGGGUUGGGGAUUGGUGGUGGUCUAGCGGCGGCUUCUGGGUUGUUUACGCCACCUGAGGCUAUGGCUGGCGAAAUUGCCGCCGUGGCUGAGGCGGCGGCUGCUGCUUCUGCUAGUGACAACAGAGGACAGCUUCUUCUGAUUGUGAUCACUCCUGCUAUCCUUUGGGUGCUCUACAAUAUUUUACAGCCUGCUCUUAACCAAAUCAAUAAAAUGAGAUCUUGAUGUGGUGAUGUAUAAUUAUUUUCUCCCUUUUUUGGGUAAAUAUUGAAAUAAUAAUUCUGUAAUUGCACAUGUUUUUAAUGGAUUUUUAUUUAUGGUUUCUCCAA